AUGGCUCCUUCAAUUGACGAUGCAUCUCAUGUUCCAACACAGUUGCCCUCAGCCUGUAAAGUGGGUAUCAAUGGCUUUGGUCGGAUAGGCCGCAACGUCCUCCGCGCAGCCCUGGUCCGCUCUGACAUUCAAGCCGUUGCCAUCAACCACACCUGCACGACGGUCGAAGACCUAAUCUACCUCAUCCGCUACGACUCAUGCAUGGGUGACCUAGACGAACGAACAAACAUCCAAACCCUCUCCGAGACACGGAUCUCCAUCAAUGGCAAACAAAUCGCAUUAACAUCCGAGCGUGACCUCAAGAAACUCAACUGGGCUGCCCUGGGCGUCGACUAUGUUCUCGAAUGCACGGGAAAGUUCACCAAGAAGGAACUUGCCCUGGACCACGUUACGCACGGCCAAGCGAAGCGCGUCCUCAUCUCGGCACCCAGUUCUGACGCGCCGACGUUUGUCUACGGCGUGAACUCGGACUUAUACACGGCUAGCGACAAUUGUCGUGUUGUAUCUAAUGCAAGCUGCACGACUAAUUGCGUUACCCCCGUUCUGAAGGUGCUUCAUGAGACCUUCUGUAUUACGCAGGGCUUCCUGACUACGGUGCAUGCGGCUACUCGGUCCCAGCAGGUGCUGGAUGGGUACAGCAAGAAGAACAAGCGACUGGGACGCAGCGUCUUCAAUAAUAUCAUCCCCACCAGCACCGGUGCCGCCAAAGCUAUCGCCGCCGUACUUCCAGAGUUGCAAGGAAAGGUGACUGGAGUGUCAAUUCGUGUGCCAACUCCCAAUGUCUCCAUGAUCGAUCUCACCAUCAGCACUACAAAACCAACGUCGCUGCCGGAAAUCCUGGCUACCUUCCGCCGGGCAGCAAAGUCUGAUAUGGCAGGAGUUCUCAAGGUAACGGACGAGGAGCUGGUGAGCAGUGACUACAAUGGGAGUCCGUACAGCGCUAUCAUCGACGCUCCGGCGUGUGCGGAACUGAACCCUCAGUUCUUCAAAAUUAUGGCAUGGUAUGAUAAUGAAUGGGGGUAUUCGAACCGACUGUUGGAUUUGACUACUUUGGUGCAUGCCCGGGAGGCAUAA